AUGCUUAAACUUACGACUUACAGCGCCUUGGCGUUUCAUCUUGCUCAAUCUGGUCCGGUGCCUUCACCUGAGCCCAAGGCUUUGUCUAGCGUACAGGCUCGUGGCAUGGACAAUUGGCAGGCCACACUUUCACCCGAUACGCGUCAACGUCUCCAGGUUGCUCAGGAACAUCAAAAUGAUGUGAGCCUUCCUGGUCAAGCCUUUCGCAACGACACUAUCAUGCGUAUCAAUAUCGAGCGUGAGGCUCUGGAUCUUUCACUGAUUGACCUUUCCCAAGCUUUUGGAAUGAAGCUCCCCGUCCCGCGGGAAUCUGUCUCUGGAGGUCGCAUUUGCAAGCGCAGCAACGACGAGGAGUUUCGCGAGGAUAUGUACCUCAGAGGCGGAUCAAUGUAUUGGACUAAUGAAGACCAGCCGGUUGCAAAGCGCAGCAACGAUGAAGAAUUCCGUGAGAACAUGUACCUCAGAAGCAAUGCGAUGUAUUGGUCCAACGAUAACGACAAGCGCAGCAACGAUGAGGAAUUCAGGGAGGAUAUGUACCUCAGGAGCGGUGCAAUGCAUUGGACUAACGAUAACGACAAGCGCAGCGUUGACCUGUAUAAUAGUCUUGCUAACCGCAACAACCUGGCUCUCGGCGCAAUUGAGAGGGUUAAUAUUGCUAACCGAGUGCUUGGCAAGCCGGAAAUCACAAUGGAUAACGCUAAGGAGAUGCAAUCAAAGGGUGAUGAAUUUGUGACAGGAUAUUGGGGUUCCUCGAUGAAGCACGGUGAUUUCUGGGCCGACGAUCAGGUCACAGGCAAGCCCAAUUUCAUCGAGGGCGGCCAAGUCAACGGCUUUGGAUUCACUCAGAGUAGCUUCCACAAGCUUCACUGCCUUGCCAACCUUCGAAUGAUGCUCGCCUGGCACAUCACUGGUAAUGGCCCGAAGAUGACACGAGAUAUGAACGUCCACGCCAUGCAUUGCCUGGAAUAUCUUCGUGGACGCGAGUUGAGGAACCCUGAUCUGAAGGAAGAGCCUAUUGAUACGGUUGAUUAUAAGGGCAUGGGAAUUCACUAA